AAGGAAAUGAGAAUCACAAGCAAAUCCAACCUAGUGGGCGAGUAGUAGGGCACGAAAUUGAGGAAUUUUGCUUCUUGUUGAGAGAAUCUCGCAAGGGGAAAAAUGGGGGAAUGAUGGCUGCUUUUGUUGUUGGCUGAUGGUACAUGGCGAUUCACUUUCAAACGCUGAAGCUUGACAUAGCUGUCAGCUAAAGCGAAGUCAUACACAGAGGGGAAGAUAAGACGGGGGUGGGAAAAAAUAACAGAGACAAAAAGAGAGAACAGAUUCUCUCUCUCUCUCUCUCUCUCUCUUCUUUUUUCGCAGUGUAGAGUAGUGUUCAAAACCAGCCUGCCUUCCAGCAGGACCCAGUUGCCGUAGCCCUGCUUUCGCUCUCAUUUUCUUUUCAUUAUUCGAAGCUGUCCCCUUCUGGAGGAGGGACCCUCAUCCUUUGGUUGAACUUAGAUUUAUGGGGUUGUGCAGAGAUGCAUCUGAAAUUCUACGUCCGUGUCAAAUCAAGCUUGCCAGGGGGUUUUCGUUUGGAGCAAAUCUGAGAUAGGUCGUUGGAUUCGUCUCUGAUUGAUUAAGAAGUGAAUACCAACUGUUGUGGAUAAACCGGAGAGAGAAAUAGAGGAGGAGAACCACGCCAUCCUGGAAUGAGUAUGAGGGAUUUUCCUUCUUGUUUUGGUGAAAAUGGGGUUCAAGUUGCUGAUUUCUCGUCGUCAAGUUCCAAUAGAACUGCCCAGAAUUUGGUUACUUGUGUCUAUCAGUGCCGAUUGCGUGGCCGGACCUGCUCGGUUACCGUCACAUGGAGUAAGAAUUUGAUGGGUCAAGGCCUCAGUGUUGGGAUUGACGAUACUAAUCAAUGCCUCUGCAAGGUUGAUAUAAAACCCUGGUUGUUUUCUAAGAGGAAAGGGUCAAAAAGUUUAGAAGCAUAUUAUAGUAAAAUUGAUGUGUAUUGGGAUCUUUCCUCGGCUAAAUUCGGAUCUGGACCUGAGCCAUUGGAGGGAUUCUACGUCGGAGUUGUCUCUAAUCGGCAAAUGAUCCUCCUCCUCGGGGACAUGAGAAAAGAGGCUUUCAAGAAAACGGGGGUAACACCUGUUGCCUCCAAUGCUAUUUUUGUUGCCAAGAGAGAGCAUAUAUUUGGUAAGAAGACAUUCAGCACCAAGGCUCAGUUUUGCGACAGUGGCCAACUUCAUGACCUCAUGAUUGAAUGUGACACCAGUGGUGUCAAUGAGCCUUGCCUUGUGAUCCGAAUCGAUACUAAGCCUGUCAUGCAGGUUAAACGUCUCCAGUGGAAAUUCCGGGGUAACCACACCAUCUUGGUUGAUGGCCUCGCAGUAGAAGUUCUUUGGGAUGUUCAUAAUUGGUUGUUUGGUACAUCACUUGGGAAUGCUGUUUUUAUGUUCAAGACCAGCCUUUCAGCCGAGAAAAUGUGGGCUAGCCAACCCGUCUUGGAUCCCCAUACAAUGCACUUGUCUUGGUCACAAAGAUUCCGAGAUUCUCAAUCACAAUGUCUUGGUUUCUCACUAAUUUUGUAUGCAUGGAAAAAUGAAUAGAUUAUUUGGGAUUCUUCAUUGAGUGCUAACAAAUACUUUAGUGAGCUCUGAUUUUGGUUGACUAUGUGAUUGGAUUAUACUUGAUUAUAAACGGUUUGAUUUAUUGUUGUUGUUGUUGUGUUAUAUAUAUAUAUUCCGCUUCAUUAACUCAACAAGCAAUUCAAUAUAUUAGAGAUGAUUUUAUUAUUCCUGCUUGUAUAGCCUUGAACUAACUUUUUGAUAAAUUAUUUGUUCAAUUCUAUUUUAACUUUCUUAUUGUUUGACUGCUCUGUAAUUGUGCAACUCUCUUCUGAUUAGUUUCUUGCUUUCUUUACACAAAUUUGUAGUGUUAUGAUGCUAUUACCCUCUCAGAUAUUCCUCUGCUCAGUUAGGGUGUGCUGUCUAAGCUGUAAGUUUCUCCUUUCGAAGUUUAUAUGUUAUGUUGGAGAUUGAGAUGGAUUCUAUGCUAGUUGAUAUUUGGUGAAGACCAUAAUAAAUCCAGGUUGUUUUUAUGGUGUGAUUAUAAGCUUUUGACUUGGGCUCCCAUCAUGCAUUUCCUCUUUGUCAUCCCAAAGUGACUCCAUUCUGUAUUUGGUCCAUUAUAUAUUUUCAGUUCUGGCUCAGGAACAUACUAUAAAGCAUUUAAAAUAUUACAACAACAACAAUUCCGAGCCUGGAUCUCACUAGGUAGCGUCAGCUGCAUGAAUUCUAAAUCUCCACAUGUCUUUAUCCAUGGUCAUAUCUUCUAUGAGGCCAUUUAUGCUAUGCCGUGCCUAAUAGUUUCCCAUCGAGUUUUCUAUGGUAUUCCUGUCCUUAUUUUUUUGCUACAAAUUUCUUUCAUCUCAUCCACUAGUCUCACAGGAGCUUGUAUCGGUCUUAUUUUAACCUGUCCAAACCAUUUUAAUAAUGGCUUAUGUGUCUUAUCUAAGUUGUCUAAAAUAUUAUUUAAAUAUAUUUAAUAGCUAUUUUUUGUUACUCUAAAGUUGUCUUAUGUUACUUCUUCACCUGUGGCAGGUCAGAUGGUUACCAUAUCAUUGCAAAAGUUUCUAGCUCUUUUGAACAUUUUUAUUGGUAACAUCCCAGAAUAUGUACAGUUUUGCACAUCCAUAUGCAUAGACGGGUGCACUUCAUUUUUGGAAGAACAGCAUUGGCCUUUAGCAGAUCAGAUAGUACUAGGAACUGAAAUAUUUAUUUUCCCACAUUCCCUUUCCUUAGAACUUUUUAGC